AUGGCGGAGGAGUGGUGGGGCUCCGCACGAACCGGCGGCGACGCGCUCUCGGCGUGCUCCGCGACCCCUGCCGGGUCAGAGAUCAGCGGGACUUCGGGGAUGAGUUCGGGGCCUGCAGGUCUACCGGACUCCACCGCAGCCGCCUCGCCGUUCUUCCUUGCUGAUCCGCAGAUGGAUUGGACGCAAUCCUUCAUGGCCGCGAAAGUAGGGGCAGGGGCCGACGCUCCGACGAGCUUCAACGCGUUGCUCCACCUGCAAGGAGACGCGAGCCGCCAGUUCCUGCUCGAUCAGGCGGAGCAUCCGCCUCCCGUUCUGGCUACCCCGUACACCGACCGCGCGUCGCAUCAGGGGUCCGUGUACGCGGACGGCCUGUACGGCUCCAGCUUGGCCAGUAGCUACGGUGACACGCAUGCUGCCGCGACGACGAAGCCGUUCUCGCAGCAGCAGCAGCAGCACCAGUUCCCAGAUUUCUUCAGCUCGACGGGGCUCUUUGGCGCGCCGGCUCCGACCCAGAGGGCACCGCAGCCUCUCCUGCAGGCUCUAGAGCCCAAACUCCUCAAGUCCAGAACUGAACCUGCGGUUCAGGACGCCUGCUCGUCGUCAUCGGCGACGAGAAGGAGCAGCGCCGCCCCUCCGGCGGCAAAGAAGCCCCGGACAGAGACGCCGUCACCGAUGCCGACUUUCAAGGUGAGGAAAGAGAAGCUCGGGGACAGAGUCACCGCGCUCCAGCAGCUGGUCUCGCCUUUUGGAAAGACGGACACGGCAUCGGUUCUCCACGAGGCCAUCGGAUACAUCAAGUUCCUUCACGAUCAAGUUGCCUCUCUCAGCUCUCCCUACUUCAUCAGGUGUAGUGGCGGUCCGGUGCAGCUCCAGCACAAACAGGCUUCCGAUGGCGACGCCGGCGAGGCAAAGGAGGAUCUGCGGAGCCGUGGCCUGUGCCUUGUCCCGGUGGCGAGCACUUACACGAUGGCUAGCGAGACGGCAGCACCGGAGUUCUGGCACCCUACCUUCGGAGAGGAAAAGAAGGGGUGUGGUGACACUGGGGAUCGUCGAAGGGAGACGGAUUGGUGA